GAAUGAACUUCCGGGUAAGGACAGAUCUGCUUCCGGGUGAUGAGGCUGCAGUAUGGGGUCUGCCAGGAUCUUUAUCCAGAGUGACUGGCAACAAGCCCUGCGGUGAGGGGGGAUACUGCCCACUGCAAUAUAUACUGAUACAGAGUAUACCAUGAUAAUCAGACUGUGUAUAUUUAGUGAUACAGAGAAUCCCAUGAUAAUCAGACUGUAUAUAUAGUGAUACAGAGUAUACCAUGAUAAUCAGACUGUAUAUAUACUGAUACAGAGUAUCCCAUGAUAAUCAGACUAUGUAUAUAUAGUGAUACAGAGUAUCCCAUGAUAAUCAGACUGUGUAUAUAUACUGAUACAGAGUAUACCAUGAUAAUCAGACUGUGUAUAUAGUGAUACAGAGUAUCCCAUGAUAAUCAGACUGUGUAUAUAGUGAUACAGAGUAUACCAUGAUAAUCAGACUAUGUAUAUAUAGUGAUACAGAGUAUACCAUGAUAAUCAGACUAUGUAUAUAUAGUGAUACAGAGUAUACCAUGAUAAUCAGACUGUGUAUAUAGUGAUACAGAGUAUCCUAUGAUAAUCAGACUGUGUAUAUAGUGAUACAGAGUAUACCAUGAUAAUCAGACUGUAUAUAUAGUGAUUCAGAGUAUCCCAUGAUAAUCAGACUGUGUAUAUACUGAUACAGAGUAUACCAUGAUAAUCAGACUGUAUAUAUAGUGAUACAGAGUAUCCCAUGAUAAUUAGACUGUGUAUAUAGUGAUACAGAGUAUCCCAUGAUAAUCAGACUGUGUAUAUAGUAAUACAGAGUAUACCAUGAUAAUCAGACUGUGUAUAUUUAGUGAUACAGAGAAUCCCAUGAUAAUCAGACUGUAUAUAUAGUGAUACAGAGUAUACCAUGAUAAUCAGACUGUAUAUAUACUGAUACAGAGUAUCCCAUGAUAAUCAGACUGUGUAUAUAUACUGAUACAGAGUAUACCAUGAUAAUCAGACUGUGUAUAUAGUAAUACAGAGUAUCCCAUGAUAAUCAGACUGUGUAUAUAGUGAUACAGAGUAUCCUAUGAUAAUCAGACUGUAUAUAUAGUGAUACACAGUAUCCCAUGAUAAUCAGACUGUGUAUAUAGUAAUACAGAGUAUCCCAUGAUAAUCAGACUGUGUAUAUAGUGAUACAGAGUAUACCAUGAUAAUCACACUGUGUAUAUAGUAAUACAGAGUAUACCAUGAUAAUCAGACUGUGUAUAUAGUGAUACACAGUAUCCCAUGAUAAUCAGACUGUGUAUAUAGUGAUACACAGUAUCCCAUGAUAAUCAGACUGUGUAUAUAGUUAUACAGAGUAUACCAUGAUAAUCACACUGUGUAUAUAGUAAUACAGAGUAUACCAUGAUAAUCAGACUGUGUAUAUAGUGAUACACAGUAUCCCAUGAUAAUCAGACUGUGUAUAUAGUGAUACAGAGUAUACCAUGAUAAUCAGACUGUAUAUAUAGUGAUACAGAGUAUACCAUGAUAAUCAGACUGUGUAUAUAGUGAUUCAGAGUAUCCCAUGAUAAUCAGACUGUGUAUAUAGUGAUACAGAGUAUACCAUGAUAAUCAGACUAUGUAUAUAUAGUGAUACAGAGUAUACCAUGGUAAUCAGACUGUGUAUAUAUAGUGAUACAGAGUAUACCAUGAUAAUCAGACUAUGUAUAUAUAGUGAUACAGAGUAUACCAUGAUAAUCAGACUAUGUAUAUAUAGUGAUACAGAGUAUACCAUGAUAAUCAGACUAUGUAUAUAUAGUGAUACAGAGUUUACCAUGAUAAUCAGACUGUAUAUAUAGUGAUACAGAGUAUCCCAUGAUAAUCAGACUGUGUAUAUAGUGAUACAGAGUAUCCCAUGAUAAUCAGACUGUGUAUAUAGUGAUACAGAGUAUCCCAUGAUAAUCAGACUGUGUAUAUAGUGAUUCAGAGUAUACCAUGAUAAUCAGACUGUAUAUAUAGUAAUACAGAGUAUCCCAUGAUAAUCAGACUGUGUAUAUAGUGAUACAGAGUAUCCUAUGAUAAUCAGACUGUAUAUAUAGUGAUACACAGUAUCCCAUGAUAAUCAGACUGUGUAUAUAGUGAUACAGAGUAUCCCAUGAUAAUCAGACUGUGUAUAUAGUGAUACAGAGUAUACCAUGAUAAUCACACUGUGUAUAUAGUGAUUCAGAGUAUACCAUGAUAAUCAGACUGUGUAUAUAGUGAUACACAGUAUCCCAUGAUAAUCAGACUGUGUAUAUAGUGAUACAGAGUAUACCAUGAUAAUCACACUGUGUAUAUAGUAAUACAGAGUAUACCAUGAUAAUCAGACUGUGUAUAUAGUGAUACACAGUAUCCCAUGAUAAUCAGACUGUGUAUAUAGUGAUACAGAGUAUACCAUGAUAAUCAGACUGUAUAUAUAGUGAUACAGAGUAUACCAUGAUAAUCAGACUGUGUAUAUAGUGAUUCAGAGUAUCCCAUGAUAAUCAGACUGUGUAUAUAGUGAUACAGAGUAUACCAUGAUAAUCAGACUAUGUAUAUAUAGUGAUACAGAGUAUACCAUGACCAAUCAGACUGUGUAUAUAUAGUGAUACAGAGUAUACCAUAGUAAUCAGACUGUGUAUAUAUAGUGAUACCGUAUACCAUGAUAAUCAGGCUAUUGUAUAUAGUGAUACAGAAGUAUACCAUGAUAAUCACACUGUGUAUAUAGUAAUACAGAGUAUACCAUAUUAAUCGAACUGUGUAUAUAGUAUUACACAGUAUCCCAUAAAUAAUCGAACUGUAUAUAGUGAUACAGAGUAUACCAUGAUAAUCAGACUGUAUAUAUAGUAUUACAAGUAUACCCUUGAUAAUCAGACUGUGUGUAUAUAUAGUGAUUCAAAAUUAUCCCAUGAUAAUCAGACUGUGUAUAUAGUGAUACAGAGUAUACCAUGAUAAUCGAACUAUGUAUAUAUAGUGAUACAGAGUAUACCAUGAUAAUCAGACUAUGUAUAUAUAGUAUUACAGAAGUAUACCAUAUUAUUAAUUUCAUGUAUAUAGUGACUAGAGUAUACCACUUAUUAAUCAGACUGUAUAUAUACUGAUACAAGUAUACCAUGAUAAUCAGACUGUGUAUAUAGUGAUUCAGAGUAUACCAUGAUAAUCAGACUGUGUAUAUAGUAAUACAGAGUAUCCCAUGAUAAUCAGACUGUGUAUAUAGUGAUACAGAGUAUACCAUGAUAAUCAGACUAUGUAUAUAUAGUGAUACAGAGUAUACCAUGAUAAUCAGACUAUGUAUAUAUAGUGAUACAGAGUAUACCAUGAUAAUCAGACUAUGUAUAUAUAGUGAUACAGAGUAUCCCAUGAUAAUCAGACUGUGUAUAUAGUGAUACAGAGUAUACCAUGAUAAUCAGACUGUAUAUAUAGUGAUACAGAGUAUACCAUGAUAAUCAGACUGUGUAUAUAGUGAUUCAGAGUAUCCCAUGAUAAUCAGACUGUGUAUAUAGUGAUACAGAGUAUACCAUGAUAAUCAGACUAUGUAUAUAUAGUGAUACAGAGUAUACCAUGAUAAUCAGACUAUGUAUAUAUAGUGAUACAGAGUAUACCAUGAUAAUCAGACUGUGUAUAUAGUGAUACAGAGUAUACCAUGAUAAUCAGACUGUAUAUAUACUGAUACAGAGUAUACCAUGAUAAUCAGACUGUGUAUAUAGUGAUUCAGAGUAUACCAUGAUAAUCAGACUGUGUAUAUAGUAAUACAGAGUAUCCCAUGAUAAUCAGACUGUGUAUAUAGUGAUACAGAGUAUACCAUGAUAAUCAGACUAUGUAUAUAUAGUGAUACAGAGUAUACCAUGAUAAUCAGACUAUGUAUAUAUAGUGAUACAGAGUAUACCAUGAUAAUCAGACUGUGUAUAUAGUAAAACAUAGUAUACCAUGUGAUUAAUCAGGCAGAGCCUUCUCUCUCUGUCCAGUUACUGGAGUGCAGAGCCUUCUCUCUCUGUCCAGUUACUGGAGUGCAGAGCCUUCUCUCUCUGUCCAGUUACUGGAGUGCAGAGCAUUCUCUCUCUGUCCAGUUACUGGAGUGCAGAGCAUUCUCUCUCUGUCCAGUUACUGGAGUGCAGAGCCUUCUCUCUCUGUCCAGUUACUGGAGUGCAGAGCCUUCUCUCUCUGUCCAGUUACUGGAGUGCAGAGCCUUCUCUCUCUGUCCAGUUACUGGAGUGCAGAGCCUUCUCUCUCUGUCCAGUUACUGGAGUGCAGAGCCUUCUCUCUCUGUCCAGUUACUGGAGUGCAGAGCCUUCUCUCUCUGUCCAGUUACUGGAGUGCAGAGCCUUCUCUCUCUGUCCAGUUACUGGAGUGCAGAGCCUUCUCUCUCUGUCCAGUUACUGGAGUGCAGAGCCUUCUCUCUCUGUCCAGUUACUGGAGUGCAGAGCCUUCUCUCUCUGUCCAGUAACUGAGUGCAGAGCCUUCUCUCUCUGUCCAGUAACUGAGCGCAGAGCUUUCUCUCUCUGUCCAGUAAUGGAGCGCAGAGCUUUCUCUCUCUGUCCAGUAACAGAGUGCAGAGCCUUCUCUCUCUGUCCAGUAAUGGAGCGCAGAGCCUUCUCACUGUAUAUUUGUAAAUAAUUUGUGUAUUUUAUUAAUUUUUUCUAUCUUUUUGACACAUUGAGGAGCUUUCUCUCCUUUUCUUCCUUUAUCCCGGAUGGGUUGUGGAGAGACUGGAUGUUAGAGAUAAUUUGCUAAGCUCUAUGUCUUGUGUCUGUUUAACAAACUAAUAAUAUGUUUUCUCUCCAGGAAGGCUGAUGGCGAAGCGUGGGUGUCGUGUAAGAUUGCAGGUAUGUUUAUUGUGAGUGAUGGUUUUAUUCCUGGCAGUGCCACCCUGACCUGUGUUCCCCAAGUGAUCCCAGCUGCCAUUUAACUAAUACUGUUUAUCGUUGCUUGUACAUAUUGCUGCAUUACACAUCGAUGGGCAGCUUGUUAAAUAAUGGCACCUUACAAAUAUUGAAUUCAAAUCCUGCAGGUAGAAAAUAAACCGUUUAAUUAAUGAGACGUCAAUUCACUGUAAUUUGUAAUUACACUGCUGAAAAUACAUUCUAUAAUUGUAUAAUACAGGAUAUAUUUAAUAUAUGAUACUAUAAUAACCAUGUCCUAAAGGACCCAGCAAUAACCAGCACAAUGUCUCAAAUGCACAUUUUGUUGGUUUAUAACAUUCGGUUUAUUCAAUGUGCAUUUUUUCUCAUUUUGACCUAGAAACCUGCAAUUCUCUUAUUAGUUCUCCACAAUUCCUAGUUUGUCAUUCCCUGCUUUGACGGCCACUAGACUGGUAUAGGAAUGUAUCACUUAACAAACACUGACCCACUUACUUAGUAAAGCCAGUAUUCAAAACGCAUUUCAUAUUUAAGGCCAGAUAAGAAGGGAAAGUGAAUUCUCACGCUAGUUAAAUACCGCUGUCAGUGGGGAUUGUCCUUUUUUUAUCACAAAGUCUCGCACUAAAAUGUGAAUGUUCUCUUUCACAGGGAAACCUACAAUUUAUGGAUGUCUGAAAUGCCUGGGGGUUGGUUCCGAUGGCAUUCCCCAUAUCACCUCCUCAGAUGAAUUUGUUGUACAUGCAGUCACAAAGGUACGUUGUAACUGCAUGUUGAAAUGAAAUUAAAGGAAAACUGCAGGCACCAUAACCACUUUACUCACCAAUUAACCCAGGUGUUCAAUCCCCAGCAGACUGCAGCCCUGUCUCUAACGACCAAAUGGCCACUUCAGUCCAUACCAGGGGUAGCAGGCAGUGAUAGCUUGAGAACAUCACAAUCCCUGGUAUAAAUUGGUACGGUAUCGCAGAAAAUGAAUCUAAAAACACUGGUGCCUGGUUUCACAGACCUGCCGACAAACUCAGGUUAAACCUGAGAAACAUGUUAAUUGGGUUGUAGUGUAUCCAAAUUGUUUUUUGUAGCCUUCUGCUUAUAUAGAGCUAUUCUUCACCCUCCUUCAUGAGCUAAACACCAGCAGUAUAAAGCUAUGGACUGCUUAUAUGUUGGGUUUUAUUCUGCAAAAUAAUCUUUAUCAGAUCACUGUUAUAUUUUUAUAUUUACAGUUCAACCACUGCUCAAAAGCCAAGUGGAUAAUUUUAAAACCAGACACAGAUAAUGUAUUACUGCAAUAAUUCUUACUGUUUGAGGUGUUGUAAAAGUUGGGGUAUGAAGCACACGUUCGGAUUGCUGUUACCACGGAUGUGACAUGUCACGGCUGUGGGUGUGUGAUCGUAGGAUUUUUUUGGUCAGUGUCAACAGAGCACCCGGCUGUGUGUUUUCGAGAUGGUUACUCUGCAUCUUGCAUUUCUUUCAGAAAAGUAUAUCUGUCUCCUGUCCCAGUGAAAACACAUCCUCCAAAUUUCUGUCUCCGUACACUGGCUUCGCGAGAAUCCAUGGAAAAAGUGUAAGGUAUUUUUACAUAUUUCUUUUUUUUAUUUUUACGUCUUCCGUUCUUUUCCAGUCUGUGUGUAAAAAAAAAAAAAAAAAUAGAACAAUAUUUGAAAAAGUAAAAUAGAAGGAAUUCUAAAUGGGGGGAAAAACCCACCAACAAUGGUGCAAUCAUUGCAUAAACCAGUGUGAGGUUUUACCUGAAUUCUAAUAAACAAGCAAACUGCGUUUCCUUACAAACUGAGUCGAAUCAUGUCUAACUGUCAGUACAGUAAACCAGGAAAAUUCUGUUAAAAGUUUAAAAGCAACUUGCACAGAAAUGGAUUUUUAAAAGCUGACUAGAUUAGCGCUGGUAAGAAACCGGCCUAAGUAAAAAAAAAAAAUUGACAUUCACUUGCAUUUUUUAUUUAUUUCAUGUACAUGGAAUUUACGGUUAAUUUCCCCCCCUUUGAUGUUGAAAGAGAAGCUGCUAAGUGCUGAAAUGGUACCUGCGUUUAUAACACUCUGUAUGAAGCUGUUCCUGAAACAAGAGACACUCUGACUCUUGUGAUUCCGUGUGUGCGUGUUUGCACGGAAUUAUGGGUAGAUGCAAGACGCCAUUCUGAUAGCAGAGCAUCACAUUAGAUCAUUUGUUUUUGUAUUUUGUUGUACCUAAUGUAACAAUGCAAUGAUUUGUGGACCCAGGACAUACUUGAAAACGAGAGAAAUCUCAAUGUAUCUUUCCUGGUAAAAUAGUUUAUAAAUAAAUAAAUAAAUAAAAUACACAAAACAUUUAUUUUGGUAUCAACUGCACAUUUUUUUUAAAAUAAGAAAUAUUAUUAAAGUCCAGAGGGUACUCUUUAUUUAGUUGCUUUUUGUAUUAUUUUGUGCUUAUAAAAAGAAAGACUGCACUCACCUGAACAUGUACAUUUUUUUUUUUUAUAAACUGCUAUAUUAGUGCAACAUAGAGAAUACAGUGCACUUACCUUGUGACUCAUUAUAAAGAGAACAACAUUAUUAUAUGAUCGUACAUUGUGUGAGCCUGCCAUAAAAUGGAACACAUUGAUGUAGAAGACCUAUUCAUUGCAUGAUAAUAUAUUGUUUUUUUUGUGUUAUGUGUUUUUAACAAUUUUGUGAUCUUUAAAAUUAGUCUGAGUGGAUUCUCUGUGUGUGUGUGUGUGUGUGUGUGUGUAUGUAUGUAUUAGUGAUGUAUGUACGUGUGCAUAGAUGUGUGUGUGUGUGUAUGUAUGUAUUAGUGAUGUAUGUACGUGUGCAUAGAUGUGUGUGUGUAUGUAUGUAUUAGUGAUGUAUGUACGUGUGCAUAGAUGUGUGUGUGUGUGUAUGUAUGUAUUAGUGAUGUAUGUACGUGUGCAUAGAUGUGUGUGUGUGUGUGUGUGUGUAUGUAUGUAUUAGUGAUGUAUGUACGUGUGUAUGGAUGUAUUACUGAUGUAUGUACGUGUGCAUAGAUGUGUGUGUGUAUGGAUGUAUGUAUUAGUGAUGUAUGUACGUGUGCAUAGAUGUGUGUGUGUAUGUAUGUAUUAGUGAUGUAUGUACGUGUGCAUAGAUGUGUGUGUGUGUGUGUGUGUGUAUGUAUGUAUUAGUGAUGUAUGUACGUGUGCAUAGAUGUGUGUGUGUGUGUGUAUGGAUGUAUGUAUUAGUGAUGUAUGUACGUGUGUAUGGAUGUAUUACUGAUGUAUGUACGUGUGCAUAGAUGUGUAUGGAUGUAUUACUGAUGUAUGUACGUGUGCAUAGAUGUGUGUGUGUAUGGAUGUAUGUAUUAGUGAUGUAUGUACGUGUGCAUAGGUGUGUGUGUGUGUGUGUGUGUAUGGAUGUAUUAGUGAUGUAUGUACGUGUGCAUAGAUGUGUGUGUGUGUGUAUGGAUGUAUUAGUGAUGUAUGUACGUGUGCAUAGAUGUGUGUGUGUAUGGAUGUAUGUAUUAGUGAUGUAUGUACGUGUGCAUAGAUGUGUGUGUGUGUGUGUAUGGAUGUAUUAGUGAUGUAUGUACGUGUGCAUAGAUGUGUGUGUAUGGAUGUAUUAGUGAUGUAUGUACGUGUGCAUAGAUGUGUGUGUACAUAUAGAUAAUGUUUAUAUACCUCUGUCAGAUUUCUUUAUGAUUCUUUGUCUCCCCUCCUUCCACCAGAUAACCUGCAUGGAUGUGUCCAGCGGAGGGGGACUGGGGCUCUCUACCAGUACAGAUGGAUCUAUGAAGAUCUGGCAAACUAAUAACGGGGAAAUUAGAGUAAGUUCGAUUGCUCUGUGUUUAUUUAACCCUUUGAAUGUCUAAAAUAACAAUUAUGUAAACCCAGAUAUGUAAGGACUAUAUAACACAGCUACCAAAACAUAGUAACAAAUGUCAACAUUUCUCAGACUCUAGUCCUUAGAGCUACAAUCGCAAACUCCAUUCUGCAUGUUAAACCCAGCAUGUACUGGCAAAUACCAAUAUCACGUUUAAAGUCUGCCAGUUUACCAGUCAGGACUGACCCCCAUCCCCUGCACAGUACAGUCUGGACGUUACAAUAUUAAAGGGACAGUGUAUCCUCCAAAUCACUUUAAAAUGCAGGAUUUCAGCCGCAUUCUCUCUUUGUAUUCAGUCGAAUGUUGACCCAUCCCAUAAAAUUCUAGAGCUUAGUUGUUCUCAUUUCUUUAGUGAAAUUACCUUCAGUGUUUCUUACUAAAGCCAAAAUAGAGGGAUGAAGUUGGUGACGGCUGCUGCUUCGGUCAUAUUUCCCAGCAGAUCCCUGACAAUGAGUGGAUUGUUUGUAGCGCUGUAAUAUGUUCUCAUACAAUGGACGGACCGUCCAGGUGAUAACGUUGCGUGUUUUGUUCCUUCUGCAGAGGGUUCUGGAAGGUCACAUUUAUGAUGUAAACUGCUGCAUGUUCUUCCCCUCCGGGAUGGUGGUGCUCAGCGGAGGGAUGGAUUCUCAGAUUAAGAUCUGGUCGGUGGAAGACGCCAGCUGCCCGGUUACCUUUAAAGGUCAUCAAGCAGGUAAUCAGGGCCGUAGCUCCCCCAGCCUGGAAUCCCAUGUACUUCUAUAGCGACUUUUUGUCACAUAAUGGAAUAUUACUGAGUACAGUCUACACUGUUAGCAUGGUUUAUAUUGGUGCCGCUUUUAUUUUUUUUAUUUUUUUUUUUAUCAUCACAAAAACCCAACAAUUCUUCUUACACUUUAAUAUAUCCCAGCAUGCAUCUCACUUGCUGUUUUUGAUUGGUUGCCAAAUUCUGCUAUUGCAAGCUUGAUUUAAUAAUAUCUAGAAGAAUUUGCAGAUGAGGAAUCGGGUUACUUUAACUUGCGUCAUCUUUUACCAUUAGAGUAUGUUUAAAAGCAGCCCUUAAAAUAAAUGGCCAGCUUUUUAAAUGGCCACUAAACACCUUUUGUUUUAUUACAGGGAUGUUUUCCUAAUCUCUACCAGCUUCUCUGUUUCUUUAAUACCAAUUCUGUCUCCCAUAAGAUUGUAUGGGAGAUGGUUUGUUUAUUAAUCCGAAUCUGACGAUUUUAUUAAUACUAAGAAGUUUCUAAUUAUAGAAUUCAUUGUCAAGCACUAUCACAUAACCUGUGGUAUUUUACCACCCGACAUUACAAAAAAAAAAAAAAAAAAGAGAGAGAGGGGAUGGAAAAAAUCCACCCCCAAGGGGUUCACAGCAAACAGCCCCAUGGGAGAAGCAGAAUGUGUAUGCGUCAUAUUAAAGGUCCUGUUUUGUAGGAAUCUUGGACUUGGCGGUGGUGGAUCGUGGAAGGAACGUGUUGUCUUGUUCUCGGGAUGGCACAGCCAGACUUUGGGAUUGCGGUAGAUCCUCCUGCCUCGCCGUGGUUGCAGAGUGUGGUGUUCCUAUUAACGGCAUGUGCAUAGGGGUGCCUGACAACACUGUGAAUCUGGGAUCCCAUGAAGAACCACCGAGUAAGUCAUUGGGUCCCUAUCAGCUUUCUUUAUUGGUGGAUAUAGGUGUUUAAUAGGUUAGAGAUUAAAAAAAAAAAAAAAAGUUAUUUUUUUUUCCUUACAUCCAGCGUGGGCCAGGCACUCACUCUCCGCUCUUGUGCUGGCCUCAGUGCAAACGUUGCACUCAGGACUUUGUAGCACAAUAAUCAUUUAUUGUGUAAAACAAGUUGGCAUUUCAGUCCCAUGUGGACUUUUAUCAUGACAUCCAUACAAAACCAUGAAGCACAAUAUAUAGGGUGUAAAACGGAAGUGAUCAUGCAAGACAUCAUAAAUUAGCUAAUACAAUUGCAUUAAAAAUAAUUCCAUAAAUCAAUUAGUUUGACACACCUCUCCAGUGACUGAUUCACUAACUGUCGCUGUAGUCAUGUGAGCAAUAGAGCAGAAUGAUAAAAACUCUGAUAACUCAGAUAAGUGUGCCGAAUAUCCCAGCGAUAGCGAGAGAGAAAGCUAGUGAACCUCUGAGUGAAAUGCAGAAGUAAUCCUCAUUAAAUGCUGAAAUAAGAGUUUAAGGAAAUAAUGAAAGUCCUACUUGCUGCGAAGUGUUAGGAAGACUCAAGCAUAACUCCAGAUCAUCCAGAGACAGAAACUAGGUAAACGUAAAGUAAGAUUCCAAUUCAGAAAAUGUUGAAGGGAAGUACAUGAAAAGUUGUGACCAUGUGUUGGUGAAAAAUUAGAUAUCAGUUCUGCAGUCGAAAGUAUCUGUUUGAGCACAUAAACAGGACUUUGCGUCAAAGAUCCACCUUUCACAAGAGACAACACGAACCAAAAUAGAGGACAUACAUUAAGCCAGGCAACAUAAGGACAGAAACAAAUAAAAAUCAAGAAACGCAAUAAAAUGAACUUGUAGUGGAACCUAGCUAACAGCAUGCUAUCCAAAUAACCUUAUCCUAAUGCAAGGAUGACCCAUAGGGGAGUAUCAGUAUAUUACACUGAGGCUAAGUUCCAUAUAGAAUCUAGGAGGACUUACCCUGGAAGAAGCACACCAUCUGCAGGAAAAUAAAGAUAAGGCACAUAGACAUGGAAAUGUUGGCUAUUUAUGUCACAGCCAAAAAAACUAUAAAGUAAGUUCUGCUCAUUGAGUCCUCCCGGUGCCACAGUCCACAAUCUUCUGGUUCCGGGAAGCCUCGUGUUUCAGUAACUCACGAUCCCAGGCCCCUCCAUGGGGGAGUGGAGGUAUGUGGUCGAUUUUCAUUUGCAAUUUGAGCCCUGGGUGUGCCUUGUCUGAACUGGAUUAUGAUGUCAUGUGCGAAGUCUUUAAAAGAAAAACCACAUCACAAGAAAAAAAGUUAUAUUUUGGGUGAUUUUCAAUGUUUUAUGGAAUGGUGUAGUUUCUCGAAGUGUCAGUUCCUCUGCCGUCACAUUCUAUGUUUCUAAAUGUUUCUUCGGAGCCAGUAUUGCACAAAAGUGAUAGAAUUUUAAGUUGUCAUUAAAUAGGUUGAUGUAUAAUAGUGAAAUCAAUAAAUUAAAGAAGAACAUUUUUAUCAUAACAUUUUGGUUAAUUUUAGCAUGUUUUCCCUUAUAAUACCGUGCAUUGUGCUUUGUGUUUAUAUCACAGGCGACCGCGAAGUGGGGACUGGAGGGAAGUUAUUGCUGCUGGCGCGAGAGGAUAAAAAGCUGCAGGGAGUGAGUGUGCAAAGUCGUACGCCUGUGAGUACCGCCCAAUGCGACUUACCUGGUCUGCUCUUAUAAUACAUUCAGCAUGGCUUGUGAUUACUGGAAACCUGAUUUUUCUAAAUGUAACUCCUUACAGCAGUCGUUAGGAGUCCGUUUUAAAGAAUGUUCUCGUGGAAUUUGUCCUUUCUCCAUAUGCACAUACUGUAAUGAAUUUAGUUUCAGAUGUUUAAUGACACUUUAAGUUUUAGUCAGUAAACUUGGAUUUACAGCAGUUACAAUUAUUUAUAUAGCGCUAACAUAUUCCGCAGCGCUGCAAGUACAAAACUCUGCAGAGAUGCAGACAUUUUCCAGACCCCAUAUACAAAAGCCAUAUUUAUAUUUGCUAGUGAUUUCGACAGUCCAAUCCAUGAAAUAAAACGUGUGUGUCUAUCUGAUGCAGACCUUUCAUUAAUAUAUUUUAUUGGUCUGGUCGAAAAUCACAAUGCAUCAUGGGGGAUGUGGUUCUGUAACCGCUGAACCUCUACCUUUUAGUCACCCCUAUUUUAUAUCGUACGCGAUGAUGGAGAUUUACUGCGCUCUGUGUUCUGGAUUGUUUUCCAGAUAUUUGUCUUCGAUGGAUCCGAUGCAUUUAACUGCUGCACCUUCAUUUCCAGUAUGAGCGUUCUGGCAGGAACGCAGGAUGGUAACAUAUACACACUGGAUGUCAGGAAUACAAGGUGAGCAUUUAAUAUUGCUUUCAUGGGGGGGGACCAUACAGUGAGAAGUUGUUUUUACAAGUUUUUUUUUGUUUCAUUUUUCUCACAGGACCCCAGUGCAGACUCUGUGCAAGUCAGGGGCCCCAGUGCUUUCCUUGAUGCCCUUUGGAGAAGGAUUUAUUGCUAGCCAAGGUAUCCUCACAGACACAAUAUGGGCUUAAAGAGAUGACAUUUAUUUAAUAAGACAAUAUCAGUAUUGAUGGGGUGUUGUUUUGUUUUUUUUAAAGGCUUUACCAUUUUUACUUAAUGUAAAUCGAACUUAAACAUAGAAACAUAGAAACAUAGAAUGUGACGGCAGAUAAGAACCAUUCGGCCCAUCUAGUCUGCCCAAUUUUCUAAAUACUUUCAUUAGUCCCUGGCCUUAUCUUAUAGUUAGGAUAGCCUUAUGCCUAUCCCACGCAUGCUUAAACUCCUUUACUGUGUUAACCUCUACCACUUCAUCUGGAAGGCUAUUCCAUGCAUCCACUACCCUCUCAGUAAAGUAAUACUUCCUGAUAUUAUUUUUAAACCUUUGUCCCUCUAAUUUAAGACUAUGUCCUCUUGUUGUGGUAGUUUUUCUUCUUUUAAAUAUAGUCUCCUCCUUUACUGUGUUGAUUCCCUUUAUAUAUUUAAAUGUUUCUAUCAUAUCCCCCCUGUCUCGUCUUUCCUCCAAGCUAUACAUGUUAAGAUCCUUUAACCUUUCCUGGUAAGUUUUAUCCCGCAAUCCAUGAACCAGUUUAGUAGCCCUUCUCUGAACCCUCUCUAAGGUAUCAAUAUCCUUCUGAAGAUACGGUCUCCAGUACUGUGUACAAUACUCCAAGUGAGGUCUCACCAGUGUUCUGUACAAUGGCAUGAGCACUUCCCUCUUUCUACUGCUAAUGCCUCUCCCUAUACAACCAAGCAUUCUGCUAGCAUUUCCUGCUGCUCUAUUACAUUGUCUGCCUACCUUUAAGUCAUCAGAAAUAAUCACCCCUAAAUCCCUUUCCUCAUAUGUUGAGGUUAGAACUCUAUCAAAUAUUCUGUACUCUGCCCUUGGGUUUUUACGUCCAAGAUGCAUUAUCUUGCACUUAUCCACAUUAAAUGUCAGUUGCCACAAUUCUGACCAUUUUUCUAGUUUACCUAAAUCAUUUGUCAUUUGGCUUAUCCCUCCUGGAACAUCAACCCUGUUACAUAUCUUGGUAUCAUCAGCAAAAAGACAUACCUUACCAUCAAGACCUUCUGCAAUAUCACUAAUAAAAAUAAAGAGAAUGGGUCCAAGUACAGAUCCCUGAGGAACCCCACUGGUGACAAGUCCAAGCUUCGAAUAUAUUCCAUUAACUACAACCCUCUGUUGCCUGUUACUCAGCCACUGCCUUACCCAUUCAACAAUAUUUGAAUCCAAACUUAAAUCAGUGUAAGUGAAAUAGAACAUACAAGGUUAUUCAGGAAAGUGCGAAUUCAACGUGCUUUUUACAUUUCAGGCCAAUUGGAAACAUUCUGUUAGUUCUGUUUGGCAACUUCGGCCUAAAACAUGAAAUUCACACCUUGAAUUCUCACUUUAGUAAAAUGCCCUGAGAGUGUCUUUACUUGUAUUCCUUCAUAAAAUGUAGGUUUUAUAACACAGGAGGCUACUACCAAUUUAUCUCCAUCAACCCCCAUGUUCUUUGCAUCACUCUGCUAACUGAAUGUAUCUGGCUCUGAUAAUUUUAUCCAUUUAAACCUCUAAAGCUGAUUUGCUUCCUCGGUUUAGGUGAUGGAACCUGUUUCGUUUUACAACAAGACUCUGCUCAGGUUCUGGAACUCAUUGGACCAGACUAUGACCCUGUAUACAAGGUACGGUACCAGACUGUGGGGAAGACAGAGAGACCGUACAGUUAUGUGACUAUUUCUCCCCACUCUACUGUCCGUAGCGAGGGGUGGUAUUUACAGAAAAGAUUAUCAAUUAACGCUAGGGUUUUUCCUCGUUACGUGGAUGCUCGACAAUGUCCGCGUUCUGCCAAUCCAUUGUUUUCUCAUAGAGAAGCAUUAGCCGCGUUUGUAGACGAUGAUACCAAAUGCAAUUGUAUAAGGUGUUUAGGAGGAAACUGCUCUAAAGGCUGUCAGUAUGGCAAAAACUAGAGGCAAGUUCUCUGAGAAAUGUAAACCUUUUUAUUUCAUGACCAUGUUUUCAACAGUCCAAACAAAAAAGGAAGAAUGAGGAGGUAGGAAAAGAAUAAUAAAAUGUGUGCGCUAGCUUGUAGAAAUUGCCAGGUCAGAGAUAGGAAGUACAAUUAUUUAUCUGUGAUACCUGUAUCUUAAUGGAACUCAGAGACACUUUAGUGGACUAACAGCAGAAAGUCACCAACAUAUUCUGCUUGAUUAUAACCAUAACAAGUGCUAAGAGGGGAGUUCUUUAGCCAUUGCAAUUCUCCUUUCCUACCCACAGCAAUCUUGGGUAGUAGUUGUGGUUUUUUAACACAAUAAGACUUCCCAAAGAGCUGGGACAUGCAAGGUUUAGCUAUGUUAUUAGAUGUCAUAGACAUUUCCGGUCCUUGAAGGCCAUGAGGGAGCCAAGAGUUAGACAACUAGCCUUUAACUUUUCUCUGCUGAUACAAUGCGUGUCAUUUGUAACCCUGCUCUUCUUAUCGUUGUCCUGUUUGUGCUGUCUUGCAGGUGGCAGCCAUGGAUAAACUUGUCUAUACUUGCUGUAGAGAUGGAAUUAUCCGGAAAUAUCAGCUUACGGAUCUGUGACCAACAUGUGGAAUAUAUGGAGGGAUGAUCGGGCCGAAAUCUGACUGAAAAGAUUUGUGCAUUCUUUUGAAAAGACUCUAAGACUCUUAUUUGUUAAAAAAAAAAAAAAAACUUGUAUUAAAUACGAUUUCUUCAUCAGUCCUAUUUUUUGGACUUUCAUUUGUAGUGACAAAAACAUGUUACAAGGCUUAAAAAUAAAUAUUUUUGUUUUGCUAGAAAUGAAUAUUGAUUAUUUGU